AUGAAGAAUUUAAUACCGCACAUUUCUUGAUUUCAUAGGUAAAUAAUGAAUUUUUACUGUGAAAGAAAAUGGCCAUUGGAAAACAAACAAAUUUAUCCUCCUCAAUAACCCAUCAGUUCUUGAUUGUUGAUUUCCUCAAAAAAAAAAAAAAAAAAAAAAACGUCAGAGAAAUUAAAACACAGUAAUGGCUGGAGCAAGAAGGUUGAGCCAUAUCUUUAUGGUCCUGCUCGUUGCUCUAAUGGCGGAUUCAGAUUUCGGGAGAGGUCAGGACAACCAGCAAAACCCUUACGACUGUACGAACAGCGCGGGGAACUACACGAGCAACAGUACGUACAGCGCCAAUCUCAACGCCUCACUCUCUUCCCUCCCCUCCAACGGCUCCCUGUACGGCUUUUACAGCGCAACGGCCGGACGGCGGGAAGACACAGCGAACGCCGUCGCGCUCUGCAGGGCCGACACACGCACCGAUCAGUGCCGGAGCUGCGUGGAGACCGCCGCCGCCGAUUUGGUGCGACUCUGCCCUAAUCGGAAGCAAGCCAUUCAGUGGUAUGAAUUUUGCUCGUUGUACUUUUCCGACCAGCCUAUCAACGGUCCGAUCGCGACAAACGUCAUGGACGGCUAUAACCUAGACAAUAACACCGACGCGAGUAACCCCGUACAGUUCCGGCAGGAGCGGACGGCGCUGGUGGACUCACUCCGCCAGCAGGCGGCGAUGGGGAGCUCUUUGCUGAAGGUGGGGGUAGGGUUUAAGGAAUCUCCGGAUUCUGAUACAAUUUAUGCCUUGCUUCAGUGUAUUCCGUCGCUGUCCGCCAUGGAAUGCAAUGAUUGUCUGAUUCAGGCGAACCAGGGACUGAGGGAUGCGCAAGGAGGAAGAAGGCUGAUGCCGAGCUGCAAUCUUCGAUAUGAAAUAUAUCCCUUCUACGACGAGAUUAGGCUUCGGGAGCUCAAUGUAACGCCUCUGCAGCUGCAAUUACCGAAUUCGCCGCCGCGUGGCGACAGGACGAAGAUUGUUAUCGGCGUAGUCGUUGCAUUCGUUACGUGCAUAUUAUUUGCUGCUUGUAUUGUUAUCUUCUUGAGAAGGAGAAGAAGAAAGCAGCGAUUGCCCGAAAAUUACGAAACUGAAUCGCUGCAAUAUAAUUUUCGGCAAAUUAGUUCUGCGACGGAUGAUUUUUCGGAUGCGAACAAGUUGGGGCAAGGCGGAUUUGGGGCUGUCUACAAGGGGAUGCUUUGGAAUGGCGAAGAAAUCGCUGUGAAAAGGCUGUCGAGGGGUUCGGGGCAGGGCGAGAAGGAAUUCAAGAACGAGGUGCAGCUGAUGGCCAGGCUGCAGCACAGAAAUCUGGUCAGGCUAUUAGGUUUCGCCAUGGAAGGAUCAGAGAAGCUUCUAAUAUAUGAAUAUGUUCCGAAUUCGAGCCUGGAUCAGUUUAUAUUUGAUCCGAUCAAAAGAUCACUUCUUGAUUGGGAGAGACGGUUGAAGAUCAUUGGAGGUAUUGCGAAGGGACUUCUUUACUUGCACGAGGAUUCUCGACUGAGGAUCAUUCAUCGCGACCUCAAAGCUAGCAACGUACUUCUGGAUAAAGAGAUGAAUCCUAAAAUCGGAGACUUUGGCAUGGCAAGAUUGUUCGGGCAAGACGAAACUCAGGGAAACACUAGCAAAAUUGUCGGGACAUAUGGAUACAUGUCACCCGAAUAUGCAAUAUAUGGACAGUUUUCUAUCAAGUCCGAUGUCUUCAGCUUCGGCGUGCUCGUCUUGGAGAUCCUAAGCGGCCGGAGAAAUUUUACCUCUUAUGGGGAGAAUGCAGAGGGCCUCUUAAGCUUUGUGUGGAAAAAUUGGUGCAACAAGACAGUCGAGAAUGUAAUCGACUCAGUGUUGAGGGGUGGAAGUGGUUCGAUCCGCGACAUGUUGAGAUGCAUUCACAUUGCCUUGCUGUGCUUGCAAAAAGGUUCUGGUGAUAGGCCGACGAUGAAUGCUGUCAUCGUGAUGCUGAGUAGCCCGACUGCGACAUUGCCGGCGCCAUCUCAGCCGCCAUUCGUGAUGUUGAGCCGGUUUGGUCGAAGCAAGCCGGGGACUGGUUCCAGCAAGGGAUCCAAAUUUACAUCAGAUGCAUUUCAAGCUUCGACCCGUAAUGAAAUUUCGAUCAGCGAAUUUCAGCCGCGAUGAUGUCUAGAGGAUGACAUAAAUCGCUAUAUUGCUAUAAAUUUACAACUAUCAACUAUUCACUACAAAAAUUAAAAAAUAUAUAUUUAUAUAAGUAUAUAAUUAGUAAUGAUAUUGGUAUGGAUGUUCAAAAAAUAAUUUGAAUAUAUUAGAAGAAUAAAUAUGGCAACAAAUCUGGCGUAAUAAUUACAACAAAUGUUGGUAACAAUUGUGUUCUGAACUUGGCUCUUACAAGUCAAUGGUUCUCCACCAAACAGAUAUAUCAACAUUAUCUCGAUUUUUUGA